UCUAAUAAAAGAUGAGGAUUUCCUACACCUCAAAUUCAAUUCGCUUCUUCAUCAUCUUCACUGUUUUCUUAUUUAUAUACUUUUCCUUCCUAAAGAAAAAAACUAAUCAUGAUUUUAAUAUAUCUUCACAUUUCGAGAUCCCAACCAAUAAGUACUCUUCUAUAUUGGGUCCUAAACUUGAUAAGCUUCCUAAUCAAGAUGAUGCUAAAAAAUUAUUUCAACUAUGGAAGAAAGAACAUGGACGAGUUUACCGUGAUCAAGAAGAGGCAGAAAAGAAAUUUGAGAUAUUUGUUACAAAUUUGAAGUAUAUCACAAAGAGCAAUGCAAAGAGAGAGUCGCCUCAUAGCGCACUUCUUGGUCUGACCAAAUUUGCUGAUUUGAGCUUGAAGGAGUUCAAAGAAAAAUACAUGACCAUGAACACUAACACCAUGAAUAUUGUAAACAACGAUGAUGUUCAUGACUUAACAUGUAGUAAUCCACCUCAAUCCUGGGAUUGGAGGAAAGAAAAAGCUGUUACUUCUGUUAAAAGUCAAGGCACUUGUGGUAGUUGCGCUUCAUUUUCAGCAGUCGGUGCCAUUGAAGGAAUAGUUGCAAUAGUAACAGGGAAGCUUCUCGACCUUUCAGCGCAAGAGCUUGUGGAUUGUGUAGGUAAUGGUUGCACAGGGGUAUAUGUGUACCAGGCCCUCCAAUGGGUUUUCAAUAACAAAGGAGUUGCAUUGGACAGUAAAUACCCUUAUACAGGAGUGGUGGCGCCGUGCAAAGCCUCAACGAUUCCAAACAGUGCAACUAGUAAGAUUGAUUCAUUUUAUCACGUCGACAAAUCAGAGAAGGCACUAUUGUGUGCAGUUGCUAAACAACCAAUUAGUAUCUGUAUUUAUGCAGCCACAGAAGAAUUUCAACAUUACUACAAUGGAAUACUUGUAGGUAAAGGUUGUCCGGUGGAUUCUACAGAAAUAAAUCACUGCAUGUUAAUAGUGGGCUAUGCCACUCAAGAAGGUCAAGAUUAUUGGAUAGUAAAGAACUCAUAUGGCACAAUUUGGGGAAUGGAUGGUUACAUGUUUAUAAAAAGAAACACUGAUAAAAAGUAUGGAGUGUGUGCAAUUAAUGCAUGGGGUACAUACCCAAACAAAAACAAAUGAGCAUCUGAGAACUAAAACUCUAAAUUGAUAAAUAAGUUAAAGCAAAAUUUACAGUUUUGUGAGUCGAGAGUUUGUUGUGUCAUUUUUCUUGUUAAAUGUUGUUAAGCAUAAUUAAUAAAUAAAUAGAAAGAUAUUGAAGUUUCUCGGUC